ACACUAAUUUAACUUUGUCUGUGUCCAUGGUUGUUGUGGUUCCAUUUGAAUGAUUUAUCAAUGUUGUAUUAAGAGCUAAAAAUAUGAAACACUUCUAUAUAUUUUGGUUGAAUGUAUUUGGUAAGCACGUCCAUAGUUUAUGUUAUAAAAGAAGAGCUUCAUAUUAGUUUAUUAUGCUUUUAUGUAACGCUUUGCUGAUCCAUGAAGUUUGAAUGGGGGAAGAACUUAAAGGAAAUGUCCAAAAAAAAAGAUUGUAUGACAUUUGUUGACUUAGAGUUGACUGAUGGUAUUUAUCAUUAGAAUGUUCAACUGCUUAUCGGCAGAAAAUAGCUAGGUGGACAGUAGUUCAUCAACUUAUCGGUAGACGUUAGGAACACAGUCCAUCAGUCUUCCUGCAGACCUCGGCUAUCUUAAAAUUGAUAACUUUGCAGUUUUAAAAAAACAACAACUAUUAAUAGUAUAACUCGAAUGAAAAGCCCCUCCCCCCCCCCCAAACCCAACUUCAACCCGUCCCACAGCCCUGUACAUCUAACUCUUGCCGUCAUCAAUUGUUCCCUAGUCUUUGGUGGGCAAAGUGUUGUGGACAAAACUACAGUCGUAGAGGGUCAGACGUUUAACAUUACAUGCGAUCACCUCCAUGUGAACGGAACCAUUCCGAGCUGCAGAUUAGUUUUCUUAGACGUGAAAAAAAGUGUGGCUUCUCAAAGCAACUCGAUAAUAAUUUCUCUUCCCCUUGAUCAAGUUAACAAAGUAAGAACAUAUUGUAAAUUACUUACAAUCAGUCAUAUAAAAAAUUGCUACACGGCGUGCGUCUCAUUCAAUGAUCAAGUCAAAAAUAAUCAGUGUCGUUACUUUAUUAACGAAAAACAAAUUAUGGUUUAAAUAUCAGCAAUUCUUUAGAGUGUAACAACACAUUAAACACCUUUAAAAAAAAAUCAUACACGUUGCACUGUUUAAUACAUCACGCACAUAACACAAAAAACAGAGUAUCACGUAAUCUAACAAAAAUGUAUUUUUACAUAAAGAUGCCCAGUCAUUGGACGAGAGAUUGCAAAAACCCAAAGGCUAAUGUAGACGCUACAAAGUUUCAGUGCAAAAUAAUCGUAAAAGAAGCAAAGCUUUCCGACAGUGGUCGAUACGUAUGUGCAAUUGGCGUUCUUUGCGGUGAAGGCCAUAGCACUAAUUUUGAGGGCCUCUUGGAUGUUGUUGUCCUAAAAGGUAAAGUAAGGAAACUCUGUCUUUUCUAUGGCAUGUUAAUUAGAUGUUACCUGUGUGUUUCGAUAUCUUUGUUCUACGAGGUAGUUAGCAUGGUGACAUUGGAUAUCUUUGUUCUGAGACGUAGUUUAACUUGGGGGUCAAUGGACAUGUUUGUUCUGGGACAUAGUUUAGCAUUGGGACAGUGGGCAUGUUUGUUCUGAGACGUAGUUUAACUUGGGGGUCAAUGGACAUGUUUGUUCUGGGACAUAGUUUAGCAUUGGGACAGUGGGCAUGUUUGUUCUGGGACGUAGGUUAACAUGGGGACAAUGUACAUCUUUGUUAUUAAUGAGUGGGAAAAAAAAGCUAAUAAAAAGAUGAGGGCCUUCCACAAUCCUAGUUCAUGGGGACAUUUGUCUUAAAAAAUAUGAGGAUUUGUUACUACUGCACAAUGAGCUGUUAAUAUAACUUCCUCUUAACGAAAAACAAAAUUCUGUCUAGAAGACACGUAUUUUACACGUAAACGUACUGCAUUAUAAUGAGCUGGGAUGAUCUGUUGUUCUAUGUCACAUGGAGGUGAGAGACACAAUGAGAGACAUAAGGAGAGACUUAACGUACUGCAUUAUAAUAAGCUGGGAUGAUCGGUUGUUCUAUGUCACAUGGAGGUGAGAGACACAAUGAGAGACAUAAGGAGAGACUUAACGUACUGCAUUAUAAUGAGCUGGGAUGAUCGGUUGUUCUAUGUCACAUGGAGGUGAGAGACAUAAUGAGAGACAUAAUGAGAGACACAAUGAGAGACAUAAUGAGAGACAUAAUGAGAGACACAAUGAGAGACAUAAUGAGAGACAUAAUGAGAGACAUAAUGAGAGACAUAAUGAGAGACAUAAUGAGAGACAUAAUGAGAGACACAAUGAGACACAUAAAUGAUCGACAUAUUAUGUUAUUGAUGUUUGCAUUGAUACAAAACUAUAAGAAGUGUCACGGAUGGUUUGCGCACUAUUUGUUUAGAAGGUACCUCAACUCGGGAGUUGCCGUGUAAGGUACGCCUAUAUGCUAUCAUAUUAUAAUCGUACAGGGUGCCCCCUCCUCCAUGUGUCGGAAGAGUUUUAAUUCUCUUAGUACUUUAUACUGACUUUUCGAUCAUAUGUGAUCGGUGGAUUAUAACUCAUUUUUUUUCUCGACUUUUUAUUUAUCAAAGUCACUUUUACGCGUUAAUAUAAUUUAAUGGAUAAAUUUGUUCAAAAUAUAAAUUUUUAGCGUAAAUUAACUUCUUUAAUAGAAAAAAAAAACAUUAUUCCGUGAUUCGUAUUUCGCUUUUGUUGAUGGCGCGUUUCCAUCAGCCAUAUUGCCAAUCAUUUCAAACUAAAAUGAUGGUUGGUAGCACAAAAUGACACAAAAAUGGCUUAAAAUUUAUCUUCCAACGAUGUUGUUCAUUUUAUUUCAAGUCAAGAAGUGAUAGAUAAAAAUACGACUACUCAUUUUUGUGUGUGCAUGUUCGCCUUAUUGAAAGUUAGCUAUCAGCUGUGAGAAUUUUUUCUUUGUUACAACGGAUCAAAACGCACUCAAACUUUAUGGAAAUAGUGAAAUAAACUAUAUUUAUAUACUUGAAUAUUUGGCUUUAUAAAAACUAUACUUACAUUGAUAUACUGUUACAGUGGGCUUCAUAAAUAACUAUACUUUCAUUGGUAUAUUUCAACAGUGGGAUUCAUUAGAUUAUAUUUGCAUUAAUAUAAUGUAACAUAGUACAGUGAUUUUAAUUGUAGAUUUUAAUUGUAAUACAGGGGUGCAUAAUUGACUCAGGCAACCAAUCAUGCGCUGCAUCCUUUUCAUAAUCUCGAUAACAUUAUAAUGAAUGCAUGUUAUAUUUGACAUAACGGCGCUAGAGUGAAGCCGCGAAAGUCGAAGCUCGAAGUAGCAAGGGGCGACUGUAAUCCUUGAUGAAAGCUGCUCACAGCUGCAUAGGGACCUACUUAACCUAUCAUAUUGUUAGAGACUUGAGUGUAUAACGUGAUUGCGUGUUGGUUUGAGAUUAUGUGUGUUGUUUUAUCUAUUAUUUUUAGUAUCUUGUGACGUAUUGUGUGGAAAGGGAUAUGACGUAUUAUUAUUGUAGAGUGUUGUUCUUGGAGUCUAGUAACGGCAGUUGAGGAAUUAGUUGAUUAAUAAAGAUAUUUCAAACAAGAAUUAUAGUUGUGAAGUGUAUAUAAUACACCCCUAGACAACGAAGCCAACGAACUUAAUAAGUAAGAAUAGGUUUGUAACAUUUGGGAGGUUCGUCCGCGAUGGGCGCCCAUAUACUGCCGUGACAGCAUACUGAUGUAUACCAUGGUCCUGUGUCCCGUUGGGUUUGAAUCCAGCUGCCUGGCCUGUAUCCUGCUUGGCCACUAUCCCACUUGGCCUUUAUCCAGCGACCAUAGUACGCUGCUGUGCUGUUUCCCGGUUUGACAUUAGGCCGCUGUCUUGCCUGUCUCCUGCUUGGCCAGUAUCCCACUGGGCCUGUAUCCAGCGACCAUCGUAUGCUGCUCUGCUGUUUCCCGGUUUGACGUUGGCCCGCUGCCUGGCCUGUAUCCUGCUUGGCCAGUAUCCCACUUGGCCUUUAUCCAGCGACCAUAGUACGCUGCUGUGCUGUUUCCCGGUUUGACGUUGGGUCGCUGUCUGGCCUGUAUCCUGCUUCGCCAGCAUCCCACUGUGCCUGUAUCACUCUGUGACUGCAUCCUAACGUUACUGUUUCCUGCUGUGCACUGUGCUGUACCCCUAAUUUGACAGUGUACUGCUGUCCGUUCAACACAUUAGUGAUAAGACCAAUACCGGUGGUCCAGAGAUCCGUGAGGGACAAGAUAAAGACUAAAGUUACUUGUUUUAUUUGUGUUCUCUUUAUAAUUAGGGAAGAUUUUGUUAAUAAACAUAUACAUAUAUAGAUAGAUAUACUUACUUUUUGUGUUAUAUAACAUAUUUAAAUGAAUUAUUUUAGUCUAUUGUAUUGGACCUUGCCCAAUUGUUAAAUUUAUGAUUAUAAACAAUGGAAACAACGAGUGUAGAUGAAACCUAUAUGUUGGAACUACGAGAGUUUGGAGAGGACCUGGGUUAUAAAGACGAGGCUCUUACUAGGUGGGUGGAAAGGAAACUGAUAGAAAAGGAUAAGCUAGAAAAGGAGGAGAGGGAUAAAGAACGAGAUAGACAAGAUAAGAUAGAAAGGGAGGAGAGGGAUAAAGAACGAGAAAGACAAGUUAGGCUAGAACGGGAAGAACGAGAUAGACAAGUUAGGCUAGAACGGGAAGAACGAGAAAGACAAGUUAAGCUAGAACGGGAAGAACGAGAAAGACAAGUUAAGCUAGAACGGGAAGAACGAGAAAGACAAGUUAAGCUAGAACGGGAAGAACGAGAAAGACAAGUUAAGCUAGAACGGGAAGAACGAGAAAGACAAGUUAAGCUAGAACGGGAAGAACGAGAAAGACAAUAUAGGCUAGAACGGGAAGAACGAGAUAGACAAGUUAAGCUAGAACGGGAAGAACGAGAAAGACAAUAUAGGCUAGAACGGGAAGAACGUGAAAGACAAGCUAGACUAGACCGGGAAGAACGAGAUAGACAAGUUAGGCUAGAACGGGAAGAACGAGAAAGACAAGUUAAGCUAUAACGGGAAGAAUGAGAUAGACAAGUUAGGCUAGAACGGGAAAAACGAGAAAGACAAGCUAGACUAGACCGGGAAGAACGAGAUAGACAAGUUAGGCUAGAACGGGAAGAACGAGAAAGACAAGUUAAGCUAGAACGGGAAGAACGAGAUAGACAAGUUAGGCUAGAACGGGAAGAACGAGAAAGACAAGUGAGGCUAGAACGGGAAGAACGUGAAAGAUAAGUUAGACUAGAACAUCUGGCCCAGGAGCUGGCAGAGGCAGAAUUAAAGUUACAGGAAAAACAUAAUAUGUGGAGAGAGGAAUUAAGUAAUAAACAAGUGGAUGAGGUUGAGAAAUGGAAAAGUGAGAGAAAGAGAGAUGAGAUUCGUGUGAUUAAGGAAACCGGGAGGCAGUGGGUGAAAGUUAAAAAGAGUAAAUCACUUUUGUCAAAGAGUUUAAGGAACAUAUUAACGAAGUUGUGGAGGAACUUAGGUAUCCUGAGGAAUGUGGUGCUGAUGUGGCUGAGGACAGGGAGAACGAUUUGAUUAUAGGGGCAAUUAACGUGGUAAAUUUAAAUGACCAUAGGGUUGAAAUUAAGGAGGCCAGGAAUGUUUUAAAUGUAGAUGAAAGUCAGGAGUCAGUUAGAAAUUUUGCUAGUCAGGUAGAAAAAAAUGGGGCUGAGUGUGGUUAAAUUGAUGAAGUGGUACUAAAUGUAGGCAUAGCACGGUGUUGUCUUGAGGAUGUUUCAUUGCCUGUGGAGAUUGCAGAUAUAACAUUCGAUAAUGCACAGGAAAUAAAUAUGUAUUAUGAAUGUGUGCAGGCCAUAGAUUGUAUCGUACAGCAUGUGGAUGAUGAGGAAAUACUAGAUGGGGCUGUUGAUGAUGUAAAAGGUGUAGCUUUGGUAAUUACACACUGUGAGGGUUUAAAAUUUGAACAACAGGGAAAUGUUGUUAGCUUAUAAGAGAGAUUUGUUGAUUUUUUAGAUGUUGAUUUUGUGCAAGAGGGAGACGUUCAUAACAUUAAGAUUUGGGUGAGCUACGGAGAUCACGAGGUAGAGGUCGUGAGCUUGUCGAGGGGGCGUAUGUUUAACAAGGUAGAAGUCAUAGGAGAUCACCUUACGUGGAGCUUCCACGGUAGUAGUCCAGUUGGGGAAUUUUGUUUUGUAAUAGACACUAGUUACUGGAGGUUUGAGAACCGUGGGGACACCAAGGUUAACGUUUGUAACAAUGAACAUAAAUCUGACUUGAAGGCUGUGAGUUUUUCCCUGAGAUGGGGGUAGAAGAGAAAAAAUGUUUGAAUUUUCAUGUGUGUGAUAUAUAUAUGAUCACGAGAGACAGGAGUGCUCAAAUUUUGAGAGUCAUUACAGGUCCGUUUUUCGUAAUUUGGUGAACGUGUGUGUUUUCCAUGAAUUGGGAGGUGAUGUUAUUAAUUUCGUCAUUAUAACGGAUUUUGUUCAUGGUUGCAAUUUUAAUGAUGAUGAAAUUAUUAUAUUUAAGAAUUUAAAUGUGCAAAGAUUGCAUUUGUUAGACAAUAAUGUGUCAAAAGGCCAUAACAAAAUGAAGCAAGUGAGAAUUGAGAGGGAAGAGUUAAGCUGUGAGAAUUGAGAGGGAAGAGUUGAGCUGUGAGAAUUGAGAGGGAAGUGUUGAGCUGUGAGAAUUGAGAGGGAAGAGUUGAGCUGUGAGAAUUGAGAGGGAAGAGUUGAGCUGUGAGAAUUGAGAGGGAAGAGUUGAGCUGUGAGAAUUGAGAGGGAAGAGUUGAGCUGUGAGAAUUGAGAGGGAAGAGUUGAGCUGUGAGAAUUGAGAGGGAAGAGUUGAGCUGUGAGAAUUGAGAGGGAAGAGUUGAGCUGUGAGAAUUGAGAGGGAAGAGUUGAGCUGUGAGAAUUGAGAGGGAAGAGGUGAGCUGUGAGAAUUGAGAGGGAAGAGUUGAGCGGUGAGAAUUGAGAGGGAAGAGUUGAGCUGAGAGAGUUGAGAGGGAAGAGUUGAGCUGUGAGAAUUUAGUGGGAAGAGUUGAGCUGUGAGAAUUGAGAGGGAAGAGUUGAGCUGUGAGAAUUGAGAGGGAAGAGUUGAGCUGUGAGAAUUGAGAGGGAAGAGUUGAGCUGUGAGAAUUGAGAGGGAAGAGUUGAGCUGUGAGAAUUGAGAGGGAAGAGUUAAGCUGUGAGAAUUGAGAGGGAAGAGUUGAGCUGUGAGAAUUGAGAGGGAAGAGUUGAGCUGUGAGAAUUGAGAGGGAAGAGUUGAGCUGUGAGAAUUGAGAGGGAAGAGUUGAGCUGUGAGAAUUGAGAGGGAAGAGUUGAGCUGUGAGAAUUGAGAGGGAAGAGUUGAGCUGUGAGAAUUGAGAGGGAAGAGUUGAGCUGUGAGAAUUGAGAGGGAAGAGUUGAGCUGUGAGAAUUGAGAGGGAAGAGUUGAGCUGUGAGAAUUGAGAGGGAAGAGUUGAGCUGUGAGAAUUGAGAGGGAAGAGUUGAGCUGUGAGAAUUGAGAGGGAAGAGUUGAGCUGUGAGAAUUGAGAGGGAAGAGUUGAGCUGUGAGAAUUGAGAGGGAAGAGUUGAGCUGUGAGAAUUGAGAGGGAAGAGUUGAGCUGUGAGAAUUGAGAGGGAAGAGUUGAGCUGUGAGAAUUGAGAGGGAAGAGUUGAGCUGUGAGAAUUGAGAGGGAAGAGUUGAGCUGUGAGAAUUGAGAGGGAAGAGUUGAGCUGUGAGAAUUGAGAGGGAAGAGUUGAGCUGUGAGAAUUGAGAGGGAAGAGUUGAGCUGUGAGAAUUGAGAGGGAAGAGUUGAGCUGUGAGAAUUGAGAGGGAAGAGUUGAGCUGUGAGAAUUGAGAGGGAAGAGUUGAGCUGUGAGAAUUGAGAGGGAAGAGUUGAGCUGUGAGAAUUGAGAGGGAAGAGUUGAGCUGUGAGAAUUGAGAGGGAAGAGUUGAGCUGUGAGAAUUGAGAGGGAAGAGUUGAGCUGUGAGAAUUGAGAGGGAAGAGUUGAGCUGUGAGAAUUGAGAGGGAAGAGUUGAGCUGUGAGAAUUGAGAGGGAAGAGUUGAGCUGUGAGAAUUGAGAGGGAAGAGUUGAGCUGUGAGAAUUGAGAGGGAAGAGUUGAGCUGUGAGAAUUGAGAGGGAAGAGUUGAGCUGUGAGAAUUGAGAGGGAAGAGUUGAGCUGUGAGAAUUGAGAGGGAAGAGUUGAGCUGUGAGAAUUGAGAGGGAAGAGUUGAGCUGUGAGAAUUGAGAGGGAAGAGUUGAGCUGUGAGAAUUGAGAGGGAAGAGUUGAGCUGUGAGAAUUGAGAGGGAAGAGUUGAGCUGUGAGAAUUGAGAGGGAAGAGUUGAGCUGUGAGAAUUGAGAGGGAAGAGUUGAGCUGUGAGAAUUGAGAGGGAAGAGUUGAGCUGUGAGAAUUGAGAGGGAAGAGUUGAGCUGUGAGAAUUGAGAGGGAAGAGUUGAGCUGUGAGAAUUGAGAGGGAAGAGUUGAGCUGUGAGAAUUGAGAGGGAAGAGUUGAGCUGUGAGAAUUGAGAGGGAAGAGUUGAGCUGUGAGAAUUGAGAGGGAAGAGUUGAGCUGUGAGAAUUGAGAGGGAAGAGUUGAGCUGUGAGAAUUGAGAGGGAAGAGUUGAGCUGUGAGAAUUGAGAGGGAAGAGUUGAGCUGUGAGAAUUGAGAGGGAAGAGUUGAGCUGUGAGAAUUGAGAGGGAAGAGUUGAGCUGUGAGAAUUGAGAGGGAAGAGUUGAGCUGUGAGAAUUGAGAGGGAAGAGUUGAGCUGUGAGAAUUGAGAGGGAAGAGUUGAGCUGUGAGAAUUGAGAGGGAAGAGUUGAGCUGUGAGAAUUGAGAGGGAAGAGUUGAGCUGUGAGAAUUGAGAGGGAAGAGUUGAGCUGUGAGAAUUGAGAGGGAAGAGUUAAGCUGGUGUAAAAAUAUGCACGCUUUUUGUCAGGCGACUGACAGGUGUAAUAUCCCGACCUCUUUAAAAAUGACUUUGGCACUGGACAAUUUAAGGAUGUCCACAUGUGUCCAUAGAUGUUAAUUUUUUUUUUCCAUUUAACAGGCAGAGAGGCAGAGUUUUAGUUUAUUUUGUGGUCAAUUUAUGUGUGCGGGACAAUAAUUUUGUUGUCAAUGUUAUAAUUUGAAAGAGUAUAUAAAAUCUAACAGACGUUAAAAUUUAGCAUUGAAGUUUUCAUUUUUAGGAUGUAUUUUUGAAAAGCUUGUAUGUCAUUGUUCAUUUUUUUUUUGAACUAAUUUUCUUGGUAAUAACAUUAUGAAAUUAUAUUGUAUUCUUUCUAUGGCAAAAUAACACUGAGUAGAGUUGUGUACAGACACUAUACUCCUGUGCCUGAAAUAGUUGGUAGUGUUGUGUACAGACACUAUACUCCUGUGCCUGAAAUAGUUGGUAGUGUUGUGUACAGACACUAUACUCCUGUGCCUGAAAUAGUUGGUAGUGUUGUGUACAGACACUAAACUCCUGUGCCUGAAAUAGUUGGUAGUGGUGUGUACAGACACUAUACAUUUGUGCCUGAGACGAGCGUUUUAACUAGUCAAAGCCGUAUAAUUGACGCCUCGUGUAAGAUUAAGAUAUCCUGGUAAUGUUUUCAGAAAUGUGUUUACUAAGCAGUAUCUUUAGGACAUAGAAAUGUUUAGAUGUUAUUGUUUGGAACGUGCCUGAGUAAGGUGGAGGAUUAUGUAAACUGCUGCGAUAGUGGGAGACAAUUGGAGUUUGGACAAGAGGGAGAUUUAGAUCUGGUCCGAUGUUUUCAAAAAUGUUAGGACCUGGACAAGUUACGGUAAUAACGAUGUGGAGGUUAUGAGCUUGUCAAUGACAUUCCUAAGAAUAAAGGGAAUGAUUUUAUGUCCAUCUCCAACUCAGACAAUUUUACUGUGGCUAAUGGUUUUUAACUUAGUUAAGAAAUUUACAUGGAGGAGGUUAGUUGUUUUCUUUCUUUUUUUCCCCCCUAAGUUGGAGUUAGAUGAGAGAGUUUUAGUUUUCAUAAUGUGCAUGAUAAGAUGAUAUACUAUAUUUGUGAGCAGGAAUUGCUCAGAAUUAAAUUGUAUUGAAGGGUUUGACUUUGUUGAGUUGGGAGGUGGUACUAACAAUUUUUAUGUAUGUUGCCAGAUUGGUUACACAUUUUGGGGUGGCAAUGUGUUAUAAAUUUCUUUGUAAUACAUGUCGCUUAUUGAAAAUGUAAUAUUUCAAUUGAUUGGUUUACAUUUGGUAGUUAUUCUUGUUAAUUGUUAUAUAUGUAAAAAGCUAUAUCUAUGAAGUAUUUAAAUAGAUUUUAAUAGGACAACUUUUAAAUUUUAACUUUAUUAUUUAUCCGUCUGAUAUUUAUAGGGCACCUAUCUCAGGCAAAGCUAAAUCGGUACAGUUGUGUAAUGGGCCCCCCCUGGGCCCCAUGAUUAACUUAAAAUAAAAUGGAUUAUAAUUAUGGUAUUUGUUGAAGAUUUUUAUCGUAUUUAAAAUAAUUAGAAACGUAGUUUUACACAUGUUCGAGCAGGUUAUUAAAUUUAAUCUAGAAUGUUCCAGUUAGUUCUAAAUUGUUCCACGAGGAUAUAUAGUUGGAUCUAAUGGAAAAUGAAAUUUUAAUAAGUUUUCUAUUUAUGUCUAUACUGUCCCGGAGUUAACUGUUCUCUCAGUGCCACUGAAGAAUUUUUUGAUGCUGGAUACCAAAGGGGUCAGGAUCCCAUCAUAAUGUUUAGCCCAACGGGAUCAGGAUCCCACCAGAAAACGGGAUCCCAUCGGGAUCGGGAUCCUAACCUUGAAUGUAUCCACCGGGAUCGGGAUCACACCGGGACACGGGACUGCGCCGGAAUCGGUGUCAGCAUGGGAUUGGGGUCUCAAUGGGAUCGGGGUCUCACCAGGACCGGGGUCCUAAUGCAAUCCCGUGCAACGCCGGGUACAUUGGCUAGUAUAUAUAUAAAAGUGCAAGUUUGUUUGUUUGUCUGUCUGUUUGUUCCACAAAGGCUUUUACAUGGAUAGAUGGAUCUUGACCAAACUUUGCACAUAUAUCCAUCAUGAUCCAGAAGGCACUCUUAAGGGGUUAUAAAGUUUUUAUAACAUUCCGUUUGGGGUUCGGGGCGCCGAAAUCCUUUUUUUCCUUAUAUAAGCUAUAUAAAUAAAAUUAACAACAAAUACCCUUGCAUCUAUAGAUGGAUCUUGACCAAACUUAGUGUACUUACACUUAAUUAACCAUACUAAAAACCGAAAGAUACUGACCUCAUAAUAUACAUCCCUCUGGGGCCGAGGGCCCAGUUUCAUUUUUUCUUUUAUUGGCUAUAUAAAUAUUAGUAAGCUUAAUACUCCUACAUGAAUGGGUGGAUCUUGACCAAACGUUGUACACAUAUACUUGAUUAUAUAUAUUCAAAUAUCGAACUGUAAUGAACUCAUAAUAUCAUUUCUUCUAGGGCCAGGGGCCCCAUUUUAUUUUUUUUAUCUAAGCUAUAUAAAUAUCAAUAGGCCUAAAAAAACACUAUAGUUUCUAUGUGAAUUGAUUGAUAUAAGCAUAGCGUGGUAGCAAUACCCUUCAUGGUCCGUAUUGAAAUAUCGGUGGAUUUAAAACUAUUCAAUCCAUGCAGGGCCGAUCUAGAAUUUUCUAUAAAGUUCCUUAGUUUUAUAAAGCUAUAACAAUUGUAUUUUUUAUCCUAUUUUAAUGGGAAAACUUUUAAAUUUUAACUCUAUAAUUUAUCUGAAUGAUUUUAAUCGGGCCCCCACGCCAUUUCAGACAUAACUUAAACGGUACUUUAUUAAAUGGGCCCGCUCCGGGGUCCACAUUUUAUUUUAAAUGUACUAUAGUUAUAGUAGUUUAUUUAAGUUGUAUAAUAAUUCGCAUUCGAGAAAUAAUUAUGUAGCAGAGUAAAUUUUUUACGCAUUUCAUGGAAGAUAUUAAAUUUAAUCUAGAAUGUUCCAGAAGGAUCUUCAUUGUUUCAAGGAGAUAUAUAAUGGGAUCUAAAAGCUUCACCAAUAAACUGAACCACAUCGGUUACGCGAUCCCAUCUGGAAACGCAAUCAAACCGGGAUCGGGAUCCUAUCGGGAAAAGGUUAACAUCGGAAAAGAGAGUCAUUAGGUGGAACGAGACCCCACAGAGAACUGUAUCCUAACGGGGUUGGUAGGCCAUUGGGAUCCACCGAGAUCAGGAUCCCACUGGGAUCAAGACACUUACGGGAUCGGAAUCCCACUGGGAUAUGGAUUCCCCCUGGAUCUGGGCCCUCAAGAAAACCGAAUCCCAACGGAAAAAGGGAUUGCGCCAGGAUCGGGGUGAGAAUUGGAUUGGGGUCCCAUUGGGAUUGGGGUCUUACCAGGAUCGGGGUCCUAAUGCAAUCCCGCGAAACGCCGGUUAUAUUGGGUAUAUAAAUAAAAUUAACAACAAAUACUCCUACAUGAGCAGAUGGAUCUUGACCAAACUUAGUACACAUACACAUGAUCAUCCAUAUUUAGAAAAUUACAUUUCUAAAUAAUUAUUUUUCAAAUACGAAAUAUUAUACAACUAUUUUGCACUAUUAUAACUAUAGUACACUUAAAUUAAAGUAGGGGCCCCUGUGGAGGCCCAUUUAAUAAAGUACCUUUUUAGUUAUGUCUGAGAUGCCCUACAAAUAUCAGAAUGAUAAAUAAUAGAUUUAAAUUUAAAAUUGUUCCCAUUCAAAUCUACUAACAAAUGCCAAAGAUAUAGCUUUUUAAAAUUAUCGAACUUUCUGGAAAAUUCUAGAAUGGAUAUAAUUAGUUUUAAAUCCACCGAUUUUUCAAUACGUACCACGCUAGGCUUAUAUCGAUCAAUUCACAUAGAAACUAUAGUGUUGUCUCAGCCUAUUGAUAUUGAUAUGGCUUAUAUAAGAAAAAAUGAAACGGGGCCCCCGGCCCCAUAGGAAUGGAUAUUAUGAUGUAAAACCCUUCCGUAUUUGAAUAUGGAUGAUCAUGUGUAUGUGUACUAAGUUUGGUCGCAGCAACCGGGCCGGACUUUCUAGGGGUUUGGGGUAGAUAUAUUUAACGUCUCUAAAGUCCCCCCUUACCACACCGGGGGGACCGCGUAGUUGUUUAGACCGACGCCCUCUACUAGGGUUUGUAUGGUUAUUCUACGGCGCGACUAAUUCACACCGUAGAUGGGAGAGAGAGGUUGCCUAGGAGCAGUACCCUCAAGACUGCAUAUAUAGAAUCAUCGGUGAAAGGUUGCCACACACCUUCACCUCAUAUCCAUACGGCAACUGUAAUCAUGUCCCAACCUGUUUUUGCUUUAGUAAUAUAAUUCGACUGCACUUGGUGGGAAGCCAUGCCAUCGUGCUCGUUCUAACGCAGUCUCCGUGCGUUACCUUUGCCUUUCAGCGCGGGUCCCCUACACGGUGAUACUGUCCCCCGGGUAACGUUUCAGGGGGUUCGUGGCGAACGCCUCUUUAUCAACAUGCAAAUUAUAGGACAGACAUGCUGACAAGAGCCCCGGGGGCAGAAAAAACAACUAGAAUUGUCACUCAAUCAUCACAAAGGCCUACUCUGUACUAUUCUAAACGUGCCAACCUUAUUCAUAUCAAAACCUCUUUACCUUCUCAUCCCCUCAUUUAACGCUCAGUUGCUGAGCUCUUACGAGAAACGCAUCGCAGUCUCCGAGUUUAUCACUGAUUGGCAGAUUGACAUUGUGUUUAUCCAGAAGACUUGGCUAUGAGGGGAAGUGCGCGAAUCUCGCUCCAUCUGGCUAUUCUGUUCGAUCAUUUACUCGUUCAGCUCGCGGUGGAGGCACUGCUGAUAUCUAUAGAGACACGUUGGCCCAUCAUACAGCUUUUGUCACAGACCUCCCAUUCGCUAACACAUCUUUUGAAGCAGUUUUACUUAAUAUGUCAGCGCCCCAGCAGAACGUUCAUUUUAUUUGCAUUGAUCGCAUCUUUGCUAGUAAGAAAAAUAAGCUGAAUAGUGCAGUGUUUGGUCGGGAACUUACGGAUUGGGUUGAUCGCUGCAACACAUUGGCCGGGACUUGUAAUGCAGGAGAAUAUAUGAACUUUCACUUCGUCAGCCACGUAACUCCUCUCCUGCCAGGAUGAUGGAUCUUUUGGACUUAUUUUGUCUUCAGCAAUAAGUCGACCAAACGACUCAUAAUCGUGGACAUGUUCUUGAUUGGGUGCUAUUAUACAUGGGCCUCGGGAUGGUGUUGUUAGAUCUGCUUCAGUCCUCCAUGAGCUAUCCUCUCACCACUUCUGGGUUGGUUGCAAACUUAGUGUUUGGGCCCCCAAUACUCUUCCUCAGUUCAGAGAGGUCCACAGUCUGCGAACUAUAAACAAGGAUGCCUUUAAGCACGACCUGAGUUUAGAAGUUUCCCUAGCCCUCUGGCCUACUUUAAAAAAACUAGACCAUUCACUCCACGCAGUGCUUGACAGGUACGCCCCUGUCACCCGUCGCAAUUUUAGGUCAGCACGGUCAGCUCUCUUGUAUGUGACCAUAAGAGAAGAACUACGCAGUUCCAAGAAAAAGCGGCGUAGUGCGGAAAAGAAGUGGUUGAGGCAAGGUCGUGUGUUGGUUUUUUUAGCAGAUCUAGUCCGCUGCCAAGAAGCGUGUCACUCAGAUUUGUUUGUCGUGUUAAGACUUUGUAUUUCAUCCCAAAAUAAAAUUAUAGUUAAAACCAGAAAGGCAGUUGUUUGAUGUUUGUAGCCACCUCAAAGGGAGGAACUAAGAAAUUGUUCUUCCUUUCAGUGUUUCCUUUGCCCCUUGCCACAGCAAACAAAUAUUUUCUGUCAUUUCUAUACAAGCUAGUUACUGGCAUUCGCGCUGAGCCAGAUCGUAUUGACGCACCGCCCCUAGAUUUGCCUUCUCUUUAUUUGUGUUAGUUCACGUUUCGAUUUUUUAAAACCUGUUUCAGAACAAGAGAUCAAAAGUAUUAUCUUAAAUCUAAACCUGCGUCAUGUUCUUUGAACUCCUUCCCCACAAACCUGUUGGUUCAGUCAUUAGAUCAUUUUCUCCCAACGAUACCCACAUAAUCAAUGAAAGCUUAUCUUCUGGAAUUGUUACCCCUCAUUGUAAGCCAGCUGUCAUCAAACAAUAAUUGCUUAAGAAGCCUUGGCGGGAUGAAAAUAAUGUUUACAAAAAAAAACUAUAGACCUGUUUCUAACUUAUUCUUAUCUAAAGUCAUUGAAAAACUAGUUCUAAAACAACUUUUUGCUUACUCAAACGACCACUCUCUUCUCAGUCCUAAUCAGUCGGCCUAUAGACAUUUCCAUAGACAGCUCUCUGGAGAGUCAGCAAUGACCUCUUGCACGCAAUGGACAGAGGUUAUGUCUCCACCCUGAUCCUCUUAGAUCUCAGUGUGACCUUUGACACUGUUCACCAGGAAACCCUUUACAAAACCCUUGUAAAUUACUUUGGAAUUUCUUAGUCAGAUUUAGUUUGGUUUAGAUGCUACCUCUCCGAUAGAACGAAGGUGGUCUCUGCCGAUGGCUGUCUCUCGGCAGUGCUGAUUUGGUGUACUGAGUGCCACAGGGGUCCGUUUUGGGUCCGGUUCUAUUCACAAUGUAAACCAGGCCACUGCUCCUAUUGCUUGUGGAUGAUGCUGUUGAGAGCCAGGCAUUUGCAGAUGACACCUAGCUAUUAAAUCAUACACAUCCCUCUUUUGUCGAUUCCGCUGUCUAGAUUUUGCGUGAGUGCAUUGGUGAUGUCAAGUAAUGGAUGACACUCAGCAAGUUAAAGUUUAAUUAUGACAAAACGGGGGCACUCCUCCUUCAAAAUUAAAAAAAAAUCAUCCUCUACAUCAACUUUCCCCACCUCGUUUCAAGUGGGUAACUCCAACAUACAGUUUACAUCCUCUGCUAGGUAUCUUGGUUAUAUUCUUUGUAACAACAUGUCUCUCGAUAAACAUAUCUCUCACAUUUGUCAGUCUGCGUACACCGCAAUCUGCCAGAUCAGCUUCAUCCGCCACUACCUUUCAGUUAGCGCAAUAAAAACCUUAGCCUGUGCUCUUUUUCUCUCUUGUCUUGACUAUUGAACCCUCUUCUGCAAGGUUAACCAAAUCACUUCUAAGAAAAAAUACAGAAGUUUCAAAACUCAGCAGCUAGAGUAGCCUAGUUCUAAAGGCAAAAAAAAAAAAAAAAAUGAUUACGUCAUUCCACUUUGAACCCUCUUCUUCAAGGUUAACCAAAUCCAUUCUAAGAAAAAAAACAGAAGUUUCAAAACCCAGGAGCUAAAGUAGCCUAGUUCUAAAGGCAAAAAAAAAAAAAAAAAUGAUUACGUCAUUCCACUACGUAACUCACUUCAUUGGCUCCCUAUACAGGCACGCAUUGAUUAUAAGUUGUCCGUUCUCUCACAACUUUUUCUCGGAUUUCUGCCCUUCCUUUCUAACCUAACGUCUUUCUAUUCACCUCUUCGACAGCUUCGCUCCUCGGCAAACACGCGUAUUCUGUGAUUUCCCAAGACACGCACUAAAACAUGUGGUGAACUGUCUUUCUCUUUCUGCGCCCCCAAACAAUGGAAUUCUCUCCCACUAAAGAUCUGCAAGAUACCGAUAGCCCAGGCCUUCAAAACUGCACUUUAACACAUCUCUUUAAACGCUACUACCCCCAUCUGACCCCCCCCCCCACCUCUGGCCGUCAAUGGCUUGACAUGUAAAAGUUAUGGGAUGGGCGGGGUGAAUAUACAUUUGUUUUGAUUUUGUUGUUAUACAGCUGAUUUUUUUUAUUAAAUGUAAGUCAUUUUUUUUAAAGUCACGAUUAUGUUUGCUAAAAUUUGUAUGUACAGCGCGGUGAGCCCAGUCCUAGGCGCACUGAGCAAUUUAUAUCCAGUGGUUUCCUUUCCUUUGUCAUUAAUGAAAAUUUGUCCAAUGCUUCAUCACACAUCGGGUGUAAACAGGCUGCUCUGCCAUUUUUAGUUUUCUGGGUGCAGGACCGCCGCAGUUAUUUUUCAUUCUUAUCUGCCGCGGGGCAAAUAGCGGAUGAGUUGAGUAUCUUGCAUCUAGAUUCUAGAACAAAUAAAUGCCAGAUGUAAAGGGCGAUUCAUUGAGAAAUAAAACAUUGAAAGGAAAGCGAUUCUAUCUCUUGCUCCCCGCAAUGCUGAUUUUAGAUGUUAGGUUAUAAAUAAAUAGUUUGUAAAUAUGUGAAAGAAUAUUUUUUUAUAAAGUCAAAUAAAAGUUAUUUUUAGUUUCAGAAACAACUACAAAGUCAGAAGCGUCCAACAACUUUGGCGAGAAAACCAUCACUGGAUUGUGUCUCAUGAUGAUAGCGUUAAUUCAACGAUGAUAGCACCAUUGGAUUUUGUCUCUUGAUGAUAGCUGCAACUCAACCAUGAUGGCACCAUUGGAUUUUGUCUCUUGAUCAUAGAUGUAACUCAACUAUGAUGGGAUCAUUAGAUUGUCUCUUAUGAUGAUAGCUGCAACACAUCUAUAAUGGCGCGAUCAUCUUCUUAGUGGCUGAACAAAUAUUUAUUUGAUUAAAAAUGGAAGAAUGUUUGUUAUUUUUAUUUUGCCAAAUUUCAUCUUGGAACUUGUCAAUUCCAUGCGUUUUACCAUCGUAUUUUUUCAAAUAGAAUCGUGAUUUUUAUUGAUCAAAAGCUCUACACUGAUCUUAAUCUUGAUGGAAACAACAGCCUAAAAAAAAUAAUGCAUUUAAAGCUUAAAUAAAGAUUAAUUUA